CACCAACACCGACUUGCAACACUCCGAGGCAAUAGACACGUACAUGUGCGACCCCUGUGGCCAAUUGUUUAGAAAAAAACAUUCUCUAAUUCGCCACAUGAAAGCACAUCUGCGAGCAAAUCCUAAAAUGUUACCAAUGCGAGUACACUCCAGCAAAAAGGUAUUCUUUUGUGAAAUAUGUCACAAACAGUUCUUUCAAUCGGGCCACUUCAACCGCCACAUACGAACACACACGGGGAGCAAGCCGCACGUCUGUAACAUCUGUAACAAAGAGUUUGUGAGAAUGGACUGUUUAGAAAUACACAAACGAAUCCACACUGGACGGAAACCAUACUCCUGCAAGUUCUGUGAGAAGCAGUUCACGCAGUCACAUAACUUAACGAGACAUAUCAGAAUACACACCGGCGAGAAGCCGUACGUGUGCGAUAUAUGCUCGAAGCGGUGUUCGCAGUCGGGCGACUUGAAGACUCAUAAACAGAUCCACGAGAUUGAUGAGAAGUUUCCGUGCCAUUUGUGUAACAAGAGGUUCAAGUGGAAAUCAGCUUUGAACAAACAUACACGGAACCACAUUAGGAAGAACGCUCGGGACAAAUAGAAAAAAUCUAAACUUGUUUCUCACUGGUCACGUGAAACAUGC